AUGGUUCACAGUCAUCAUUUUAUUAUUUUAAGUAUUAUUGUAAAUGUACUUCUUAUUAUUUUAUCGAAAUGUAAUUCAUAUCCAUUAUUUAGUGAUUUACCAAUAGCAGAACGUCCUAUAAAAUUUCAUUCACAAAAUUCUGGAGAUCGAUAUUCAAAUCGAAUGAAACAAUAUUAUGAAACAAUGGCACAAUUAAAGCAUUGGCGUCGUGAUAUUGAUCAAUCGAAUGAAGAUUAUGAUGAAACAUUACGAGAUAUGUUUGAACGAUACAAUUAUUUGGAUUAUAAACGUUAG